AGCAGAGCAGCGGCUGUUCCCGGUGGCAGGAGGUUGUAUGUGGGGGGGGGGGGUCAGACCCCGGAGCCCCGACCGUGCAUACAUAUCAGCGGCUGCGAGGAGAAAAGAACAGCAUCUCUGCAAAGAUGAGCAAGAAGGAGGAAUCGGAUUCAGAAGGAGGGCCAGAGUAUGAAGAUGACUUUGAGAAAGACCUUGACUGGUUAAUAGACGAGGAAGAGAAACAACGGGCAGCAUCCCAGAAUGAAGAUGACAAUGAACAUCUCAUUGAACAAAGACCUGAUAACGCAUCACAAUUAGUAAAACAAGAGAUCGAAGGUGACCGUAUACCAAGCAACGAUGGUAGCAUUUCUCAACUUGACCCUAAAAUAAAUGCUAAGCUCAUACUGGAUACUGUGUCUGAGGGUGAAGAAGUUGAUCCCGAAGAUGAGGAGGCCAAACGAUAUAUUUCAGAGAAGAUAGAAGAAGCAAACAAGAAAUUAGAAAUGGAAACCAUUGAUGAAAAUCGCCAGAGGAAGCUUAAAUUUAAGGACAAUUUGGUUGAUCUGGAAGUUCCACCAUUAGAUUUUCCAGACAACGAUGGAACUGAAAGUCUCACUGAAGACGAUGUAGUAGGUGGUAUAACACAAUUGCAUCUUAAUGAUACCCCAGCCAAAGAAGAGUUGAAUGCUGAAGAAAAUGAAAACAUUGAAGAAGGAGCAAAAGAUGGGAAAAUUUUGAUUGAGAAAGAUGGAAAGUUUGAACUGGUCAGUUUAAAGGACAUUGAGAACCAGUGUUCUCUACCACCUAUCGGUAACAUUAAGGAGCUGUCAAAAUCUCCAUCGCCAUCUAUGCAGUCAACUAGAUUUGGUGCAUUGCAAAAUGGAGACGAUUUAGAUCACAAGAAAAAAGUCGCUAAUGAAAAUAACUUUGUCCCUCAACCUCCUGGUGGGCCUAAAGUCCGACCUAGCUCUGCUAGUCAUUCAUUGAAAUCUCUACACAGAGUGAAGCCAUCGCGUAGAGCCCAGUCUGCAAUUUUAUCCACCAGAAACACAACAUUCAGCCUUUCCUCAGAGCAAAAGGAGCUACAGAAGAGGAUUCAAGAGAGGCAAGAGAGACUUAGGAGAGAGGAAGAAGACCGGAAAAAGGUGGCAGAAGAAAUGAAACGGAGAGAAAACGAAAUGGCAUUUAAAUUUUGGUUACAGAAGAAGAAUGAACAGCUAAUGCAAGAAAAAAGGAUCCUGCAUGCAAAGGAGCUGGAAAAAAGCAGCAUAUCUGGCCCCAGGGAGGUCAGGGUCGGCACUGCUCAGGAUGAACACUUGCUGGAUCAGGAGGUUACAGAUAAAGAUAAAGAAGGGUCAGAUGAAGCUUUUGGUACUUGGCUGAGGAGGAAACAUAGAGACCAACUGAAAGAAAAGAAGAUGGAGGAACUAAGACAACAGGAGACUGCUGCUUUCCUGGAAGAAAGUAAAGACCGAGAAGGAGCAACUUAUGCACAGUGGGUAAAGCAGAAGAGAAUACAAAAACGAGUUGAACAACAAGCUGCUAAAGAAAGAUCUAGAAGACUUUUGCUGGAAGCCCGAAGAAGCAAGCAGAUACAUAAUUUGUUGUACAAUAUUUCUGACUCCAGAUCGUCCCGCUACAUUGAUCCCUACAGCUAAAAUUACAUUCUGUUUCAGUAUUCAGCACUGGUACAUAUUUAUGUACUUACAUUUACUGUAUGCGUUACCACUAGACACAUUACAAACAAAAGCUAUAUUUUUUAUUUAGUUUCUUUAGAAUAUAUUUUUAUGUGUCUGAAUAGAAUAUUAUUGAUUUGUUAGUAAUUUGUUACCAUAUAAAAUUGGCAUUCCAGGGAUUUUAUGCAACAAA